AUGGAAGAACCCCCCGAAGACCAGCCGGGGACCCCAGAUGCCACGCCCGGGGACCCCAACGUGCCCGAUGCGGACGGGGUCCCCCGCGAAGAGAGUCAGCCGCUGGGUCCGGCUCCGGUGCAGCCCCAGCGAAGCGCCGUCUAUCAGCCCGAGCAGCCUCGUCUGAGCGUCUACGAUCAGCAGCAGGAAGGCCGAGGCAACAUCUACCAGCCCCAGCAAGCCAGAGGCGCCCUCUUUCAAUCGAGGGGCGCCACGGCGGAUUCGAGGGCCGGCGUGUCUUGGCAGCAGCUGCCGCAGCAGCCACCCGGCUUCCUGGAUCAGAGGCCAGGGACCACUUUCCCAACCUCGGCAUCCAGGAGCAGCCAGAUCCUGCAGUCGGACAGUCACGGCCCUUAUCAGCCCCACGAACCUGGCUACCUGUCCCAGCUGGGGAUGAUGAGUUUAUACGAAGACCAAAUUCCGGAUCCGGGUCCUCGGGCUUUGGCGAUCAAGAAUGCCAAAGCCUACCUGUUGCGAACCAGCGUCAAAACGGGCGUCAGCUUGUAUGACCAUCUUUCUGACAUGUUGGCAAAGAUUCUGGAAGAGCGGCCUGAAAAUCCAGCAGAUAUAAUCGAGAACAUCAGUAAGGAUAUAAAGUGUGCUCGAUUCCAAAAGAAAUUGGACACCCUCCGAGAUGAAUUUGAAAAACAUCCAACAUUUGAAUUGGCUGAAAUGUACAAAACUCUGUUCCAAAAGGCAGGUGGUGGAGAUGGCGCAGAUCAAGAACCAGAAGAGGAAUUGCCAGAAACUCCUCUACCCAAUGUAAUGGAGACAGCUUACUAUUUUGAACAGGCUGGAAUUGGUUUGAGCUCAGAAGAAUACUAUCACAUAUUCCUUGCCCUCAAACAACUGGUUGCCACUCAUCCAAUCCAAACAUGUCGCUUCUGGGGCAAACUCUUAGGUAUUGAAGCCAACUAUAUUGUAGCUGAAGUUGAAUUCCGUGAAGGAGAAGAAGAGGAAGAAGCAGAGGAAGAAGAAACUGCCGAGGAAGGACUAAAAGAGGGAAUUGAGGCCAGGGAUGAAGAUGAAGAAGAUGAAGAAGAAAAAGAUGAGCCACCAAAACCCAACUACAAGCCACCACCUGUAAUCCCAAAAGAAGAUUAUCGGACCGGUGCUAAUAAAUACACUUAUUAUGUUUGCAAUGAACCAGGCAAACCUUGGAUGAAAUUACCCCAGGUGACUCCAGCUCAGAUCGUGAACGCCAGGAAAAUUAAGAAGUUCUUAGUGGGAAAGUUAGAUGCUGCCGUUGUGUGCUAUCCACCUUUCCCAGGCAAUGAAGCUAAUUAUCUGAGGGCUCAGAUUGCCCGCAUUUCAGCGGCAACACAGGUCAGUCCACUCGGGUUUUAUCAGUUUGGAGAAGAAGAAGGAGACGAAGAAGAAGAAGGCGGAGCUGGAAGAGACAAUUAUGAAGAAAAUCCUGACUUUGAACCCAUUCCUGUGCCAGAGAUGUUGGAUACCCUUUCCAACUGGGUGCAUCAUGUACAGAAUAUUUUAAAACAGGUAUGCUUAACAAAAUCUGCACUUGUUGCUAAGUGGAAAUUUGAUAACAUUUACAUUGGCUGGGGUCACAAAUACAGUCCAGAAAAUUUCAACCCUACAUUGCCACCUCCAGUGCAGCUCGAAUAUAUUAUUGGACCUGAAGUCACUGAAGGCCUUGAUCCAACUGUGGAAGAAGAGAUGGCACUCAAGGCUGCCCAAGAGGAGGCACUGGAAGUAGAAGAAAUGGAAGAAAUGGAGGAAGAGGAAGACGAGGACGAGGAUGAUUAA